UCCAUCAGCACUUACAGGGGCUACACUAGCUAGCUGUUUCGAAAAUGAAACCUACUCGUGUCUAAAUUCGAGAGGGAGAAGAGAAAACGAAAAUAAAAAAAAAACGUUAUUUGGCAAAAUCCCCGUGGACUCACUGCUUCAGUGCGACACAGAGGAGGCAGAAACGCUGGAAAUGUUGAGUAAACAGAGCUGGAUGGGACGUGCUGUACUGCAAUGGAGUCUGUAGCAGUAGGUUCGGCUGCUCGGUGGUGAGACUGAAAGUUCCCGUCACUAUGGCGCACUUUGACACGGAGUACCAGCGCCUGGAGGCGUCCUACAGCGACUCUCCCCCCGGAGAGGAGAACCUGCUGAUGCAUGUGCCUGAAGGAGCCAAAUCUCAAUGGCACCACAUAGAAAACCUGGACCUGUUUUUCCAGAGAGUUUAUAAUCUGCAUCAGAAGAAUGGAUUCACCUGUAUGCUGCUGGGGGAGAUCUUUGAGCUGGUUCAGUUGCUGUUUGUUGUCGGCUUCACGGUCUUCUUGGCUAACUGUGUGGAUUACGACGUCCUCUUUGCCAACAAGUUUGUAAACCACACAGAUUCGUCUAAAGUCACGUUGCCUGAUGCGUUCCUCCCGAUGGAUGUCUGCAGCGCCCGUAUCCGAGACAAUGCAUUCGUGAUCUUUUUGCUGAUAAUCUCUGGAGUGUUUUGGCUUCAUCGACUGGUCAAGUUCCUCUACAAUGUGUGCUGUUACUGGGAGAUCCGAUCCUUCUACAUCAACGCCCUGAAGAUGAGCAUGUCGGAGCUUCCCUAUGCAACAUGGCAGGAGGUUCAGGCCAGGAUAGUCGAGAUCCAGAAGGAACACCAGAUCUGUAUCCAUAAAAAAGAACUAACAGAGCUAGAUAUUUACCACCGCAUCCUCCGCUUUAAAAACUACAUGGUUGCCAUGGUGAAUAAAUCACUCCUUCCUGUACGUUUUCGACUUCCUGUGCUCGGGGAGUCUGUGUUUUACACCCGAGGUCUCAAGUACAACUUUGAACUCAUCUUCUUUUGGGGACCAGGCUCUCUGUUUGAAAAUGAGUGGAGUCUGAAACCAGAGUACAAAAGAGGAGGCAACCGGCUGGAGCUUGCAGACAGGCUCGCGUCUCGUAUUCUGUGGAUUGGCAUUGCCAAUCUGCUGCUGUGCCCAGUCAUACUGGUGUGGCAGAUUCUCUACGCCUUCUUCAGCUACACCGAGGUGAUCAAACGAGAGCCUGGCUCUUUGGGGGCGAGAUGUUGGUCUCUCUAUGGUCGGUGUUACCUGCGUCACUUCAACGAGCUGGACCACGAGCUAAUGUCACGUCUCACCAAAGGCUACAAGGCCGCGUCCAAGUACAUGAACUGUUUCCUUUCGCCACUGCUGACAGUAGUUGCCAAAAAUGUAGCUUUCUUCGCCGGGUCUCUUCUGGCCGUUCUCAUCGCCCUGACAAUCUACGACGAGGAUGUUCUUUCAGUGGAACAUGUUCUCUCAUCAAUUACACUGCUCGGAGUGUGCAUCACAGUCUGCAGGUCAUUUAUUCCUGACGAACACAUGGUGUUCUGUCCUGAGCAGCUACUGAGGGUCAUCCUUGCUCAUAUCCACUAUAUGCCCGACCACUGGCAGGGCAACGCACACAGAUAUGAGACCCGAGACCAGUUCUCCCAGCUCUUCCAGUACAAAGCAGUGUUUAUUUUAGAGGAGCUGAUCAGUCCAGUGGUGACUCCGAUCAUCCUCAUCUUCUGUCUGAGGAGAAAAUCUCUGGAGAUCAUCGAUUUCUUCAGAAACUUCACCGUGGAGGUGGUCGGAGUGGGAGACACCUGCUCGUUCGCUCAGAUGGACAUCAGGCAGCACGGACAUCCUGCGUGGAUGUCAGAGGGGAAGACGGAGGCAUCUAUAUACCAGCAAGCAGAGGACGGGAAGACAGAGUUGUCUCUGAUGCACUUUGCGAUCACUAACCCCCAGUGGCAGCCUCCUCGAGAGACAACGCACUUCAUCAGCCAGCUAAAAGAAAGAGUGCACAGAGAGGCCACGGGGGCUCCUCCUGACACGCAUCCACUCUCAUUGUCAGAGUCAGAGCCAAGAAGUCUCGUGGCAAACCUCUUGGCAGGCCCCUCCACAUUGGCCUCUGUUCAUUUUGGCCGGGACAGCUCUUUAGCCAAUCACGCUGUUGCUGGCUUGAGUGAUGGGGCGUCUGCCUUACGCUCUCUUUCCCCAGUCAGCAGCAGUCUUCACCUGAGAGGCAGUUUAAGUGCAGCUCACAGGGCUGGUCAAACUUCCAAAACAAUGGCAGGCUCUGGGACUGACGCCCGAACUGUGAGCUCAGGCAGCAGUGCGUGGGAGGGUCAGCUUACCAGCCUUGUGCUCUCAGAUUAUGCCUCCACCGAGAUGAGCAUCCACGCACUUUAUAUGCAUGAGAUGCACAAACAGCAGUCUCGUGGCGAGCUGUCCCGUCACACGUGGCACCGACAGGAGAGUGAUGAAAGCAGUGACAGCAUCCCCGAUGAAGUAAGGAGCGAACCCCACCCUCACUCCAGACAUUUCCCUCGUUCGCACACUUUCCCCACCACAGUUCCCAGCCCAAGCACCAUUCCCACUUCAGCUUCGGCCUCCGCCAGUUCCGCUCCAGGCCAGGAGGGGGCAGCCUCACAGCGGCGCUAUAGUGGACCCACCACAGACUCUUUUAGCGCAGGGGCAAAAGUAGUGAGGUCAGCCCGUGUGCCCAUGGGAGGAUGGGCAGAGGAGGGUCAACCAGCAGCACGACACCAUGAACCACUCCCGGAGGAGAGCUCGGAGGAUGAGAUGCCUCCUCGCAUACACAGGGUGACAUAAUCAAGCUAUGUGAAUACGUAUCCUCAUCCUACCCUCUAGAGAUAACCAGUCCUUGUCCAAACCAUGACCUUAUGAGCAUCUGAUCCGACAGAUGAGGAUGGCAACGUACAAGAGGAUGCCCUGCAAGUAGUUAAACCGGAUUUAAGUUGAUAUCGCCACUGGCCAUUAAAAGACUCGCUGAGCUGACGACACCACGACUUAUUUCAUGACUUUAGGAUACGUAAACAGGCCGCUGGGAUGAACCUGCUCAUCAGAGGAGAACUUUCUGGAUCAAGUUUUUUCUUUUAACCAGUGAUAACAUCAUUUUACACUACACAUUUUAUCGUAUCAAAAGAUUACAUAAUGAAAGUGCAUGUGUUUUUGCCAUGUAAAAAUAAUUUUGCACUCUUCUCUGCACUGUUGAAGGCAUCAUUGGUAUGUUGCCAUGGGAAAAUACAAAACAUUAGGACCUCAGUAAUCCAUAUAGUGCUGUCCCACAAAGCAGAUGGUAUGAGAAGAAAAAUAGAAGGACGUAUAGCUUUUCUGUAACAAUGAAGACAUUCAUCAAAAUGUGUUUAAAUAGGUGCCAGUAACACAGACUUUCAUUGUGUGACUCUAAAUAGCAGGAGGAAGUGUAUCCGGCUCUGUUUUGCCUAUUUACAAAAUAUACAAAGGCCUCAAUUAGUAUAAAGUUCCGUUGAUAUUUUUAAUAACAUAGUUUUUUAAAUUCUUUCUGCAUUUGUUUCUCAACAGAGGAGUUUAAAAAGGAAACGUUUAGAAACUCCUAUUUAAGUUUGUCUCCGUUUGCAAAGACAGAUAGAUUUCUUUAAAAGGGGAAUUGUACAGAAUUGGGACGGUAUUCUGCAUGCACUCAUGCACAGUGUAAAUAAAUGUUUUUUGGGUCAUUUCAUCAAAAGCAUAAACAAUAUUUAAUUCAUCAGAUUUAGAGGGGAGCAGCAUUUUGUGCCACCAGGUAGGUUGUGUGUGAGGGUUUUAAUCUGAUGUCGCCAAACUGUCGUUUGUUUGCCAUUUGUUAUUUUUCUGCACACUUGGUAAAAGGUUCGGUUAACACACAAGGUUGUUUUAAGGCGGUAAUACUGACUUUUGUUGCACACAAACCCAAAUGAAAGUGCAUGAACCACACGUACUCAUCCUAAAGAAGAGAAACCUCACAGCAAGAACACCGCACCACGUCCUACAUAUUCAGUGCACAAAUACUCUGUCAUAAUCCGAUUAUUUCAGUCAAGAAUGAAGCACUUUAAUCAUUGAGAAAUUAAGAGGGUUACUUGGAUUGUGUGUUAUCUAUUUUCUUAUACAUAUUUUAUUUAUCAAAGGCAUGUGCCGUGAUGAUCAACAGCUGUAAAUCGAGGAUGUGUUUACUGUCGUGCAGUCGGAUGUUGAAAAGGGAGAUAUGCGGUGCAGUAAUGUUAAAGUGAUUACUGAAGUUUUAUUUUUUGUUUGUUUAUUGAUACUGUAAAAUACCAUUUUGUACAGCUGUAAAUGCAUCAAUUAAAGACAAGGCAAGUACUUGGUG